CUGUACAUUUCAGAUAUUUUGUUCGCGAUAUAUCGGAUAUUCGAUAUUUGUUAUGUAUUCAAUUACAAUCCGAGUCGUCAAGAAUUUCUGAGAAGCGCAGAGACAUUUGUAAACACUCGAUCUGUAUUUCCUUCUCAUGAGUAAAGUAUUUAAUGCACAUAUUAAUGUACACACACACACACCCAUAUAUAUAUAUAUAUAUAUAUAUAUAUAUAUAUAUUUACAUUUAUAUAUAUAUAUAUAUAUAUAUUUAUAUUUAUAUAUAUAUAUAUAUAUAUAUAUAUAUAUAUUAUAUAUAUAUAUUUAUAUUUAUAUAUAUAACCAUAUAGUGAUAUAUGACAGUCAUGUAACAUUUAUGUCGGCAGUAAUAAUUAAUUGGUAACGCAUUAAGUAGCUCAACAUUUUUGAAAUAUCUUUCUAUAUAUCUCGCAAUAUUUUAAGGUUUAUUCGCUUACAACGACUAUUAGAUAUAUUGGGCUAAGUUUUAGGGAUAUGAUCAUCCACAUAUUAUAGCUGGUUAAAGUACUCUCGGCUUAGAGAUCGUCGAGUAAGUGCCAGACAUCGACGCCGUAGUGGUUCCCGUCGGUGGCGCUGGAUUAAUAGCAGGUGUUGCGAUAUCUGUUAAAACAGUUCAUCCGAAUUGCAUGAUUAUGGUAAGUCCAUGGUUUUAUUCUCCUUCAACUUCUUAAUUAUCGGUUUAUUAUAUUAAGUCGCUUUUUCGUACCACGUGUCAAACUCGAGUAUUUCAAGGAAUGAUUUUUGUUGUCUGAGCGUUUGCUAACAUGGAUUCGUUGAUCGAUAAAAUGGUCAUAGUAAAAGAAGAAUGGAUUGCGAUCGCGAUCUUGAAGCUGGUCGAGAACGAGAAAUACGUUGUCGAGGGAGAAGGAGCGACAGGUUUAGUAGCGAUAUUGGCUGGUCAGCUCGACGAACUCAAGGGAAAGAACGGCAACAUCGACACAACCGUUUUGGGCAGGUGCCUGGAGCGUGGAUUAGCGACAGAGGGCCGCCUCUUGAAAUUCAUGGUGACAGUCUCGGAUCGUCCGGGUGGUAUUGUUGAGCUCUGCAGGACUCUGGCGGGUAUCGUCGUCUCCAUAAAGGACAUCAUGCAUGAGACGGCUUGGAUAAUGUGCGACAUAUUUAGCGUGGAUUUUAAGGUUGUCUGCGAGACGAGGAAUCAGGAGCACGUCGAACAUCUAAAAAAUCUACUCCAUCAGAAUUAUUACAAAGUCGUUUUCAGCAGCGAUAAUACGCUGUCGUCAAAUAUAAACAGAUACUUUGUAUCACGCAGAUAUUUUAAUACAAAUGAUUUAAACAGAACAUCUCGCAUAAUACGAGUUACAUUCAGCCAUUGGUGACUAUGUGAAGGAAUAAUUUACGUAAGAUGCAUUUUAAAAUUCAGCAGUAAAAAUCUUUUUUAGGAUACUUUAUCUUUGCGCCGCCAGUUGCUAAUUUUUCAUUUUGUAAAUAAAGAUGUUUAAUCGUUAAGUGGUUAAGUACAUUUUAACAUGCAGAAUGAUAAAAUGUUAGCGCUCUCGAAGACAACUUUUCAAUAGCAGUUUAAACUUAGAUUCAAGUUUAAACUCUAUUCUAAUAAUGCGUUUAUGUUGUUUAAAUAGAGUUUAAGUUGAAGUCUAAGUUUAAAUUAUCAUUGCAAAAUCGGUCCUCAAAGAUUCUUUCUCUUUAUAUUUUUCUAUUAACGUUAAAUAUAUCUAAUAUUCAUGUUUUUGAAGUCAAGUGCUUCAAAUCCGUCUUUGAAAAACGAUGGAUGAUUGGCGUGAUUCACAAGUGCACAAGACAUUUG